UUGAGCUUGUCAGGCAGUAUGGCUGAAGAUUCUGUGGUUCUGAAAGAUGGAAAGCCUGUGGGUUUUUCAGAAAAGGAAGAUCCGGGUAUGACUGAAGAUAUGAAGUCAAAAUUUCAGUGGUGCUCCAAGCCCUGUCUCAAUGUAGCCUCUGUCCGGCCUUUACCGAGAAAUGGGAACGCUGAAACGAGCUUGAGUCACCCACAAUCUCCUUCACCCUCUUUGGCAUCUUCAGUGUCCCCUGCAAGAUCAACAACAAGUGAAGACUCUGAUUUCUUGCCACAAAUCAGGGACCAAAGGUUAAUGCACUUACCCAGGAGAAAUUGCACUCGGCCAAGUCCCUUCUCCUUUGAUUCACGUGACUCCGUGCAAAGAGUUGCCCAUGAGCGAAAGCUGGAGGAGCUGAGGCUGAUGGAGGAAAGUCAUAUGGCUUUCACAUUUAAAGCCAACCCAGUGAGGAAGUACAAGCCACUGGUACUGAAGCAGAGCAUACGUCCACUCACAGUCCCCCAGUGGCCCUUCUCCAGGCCUGACAAAUGAAAAGAUG